AUGGCUCUGGAGGGAGAGAUACUGAGCGGGGGCGUUUACGUUGACCAGAACAAGUUCCUGUGCCACGCCGACACUAUCCACUGGCGUGAUAUUAUCAAGAACCCCCAGGCGGAGCUGCUGGUGGUUCCAUCCAACAACAGCAACAACGGAUGUAGACGAUGCCAUCGCUCAUGUAACGGACGCUGUUGGGGCCCUCAGGAAAGCCAGUGUCAAACAUUGACAAAAACGGUGUGUGCAGAGCAGUGUGACGGUCGCUGCUUCGGGCCUUACGUCAGCGACUGCUGCCAUCGAGAAUGCGCCGGUGGCUGCUCUGGCCCCAAGGACACAGACUGUUUUGCGUGCACUAAUUUUAACAACAGCGGGGCGUGUGUCACCCAGUGCCCUCAGCCAUUUGUGUACAACCCUACCUCCUUCCAGCUGGAGCCCAACCCCAAAGCCAAGUACACCUAUGGAGCCUUCUGUGUCAAGAAAUGCCCUCAUAACUUUGUGGUGGACCACAGCUCCUGUGUCAGAGCUUGCCCCAGCAACAAGAUGGAAGUGGAGGAGAAUCGGAUCAAAAUGUGCAUCCCAUGCACUGACAUCUGUCCAAAAGUGUGCGAUGGCAUCGGAACGGGCAGCCUCCAGGCGGAUCAAACUGUGGAUGCCAGCAAUAUAGAUAAGUUUUUGAAUUGCACUAAAAUCAACGGCAACCUCAUCUUUCUCAUCACUGGCAUUAAAGGGGACAUGUACCAUGGCAUUGGACCUUUGGACCCAGAGCGGCUAAAUAUUUUCCGCACAGUCAAGGAGAUCACAGGGUUCCUGAACAUCCAGUCUUGGCCCGAAAAUAUGACGGAUCUGAAUGUUUUUUCCAACUUGGCGACCAUCGGAGGCAGAUCUCUUUACAGCGGGAGUGAUAUUUCACUGCUGAUCCUGAAGCAGCGCUGGAUCUCCUCUCUUCACUUCCAGUCUCUAAAUGAGAUCAGUGCCGGAAAUGUCUACAUCCUGAACAACACCCGCCUCUGCUUCUACAACACCGUCAAUUGGACGUCACUUUUCAGGACCUCAAACCAAAAAGUCCUAAUACGCAACAACCGAGACCCGAAGGAAUGCACUCAGCAGCGGAUGGUAUGUGAUCGCAUGUGUUCGGACGACGGCUGCUGGGGUCCGGGGCCUGACCAGUGCCUCUCCUGCCGGUACUUUAAACGGGGCCGCACCUGCGUCCAGUCUUGCAACCUCUUUGACAGGGAAACGCGUGAAUAUGCCAAUGGAUCCAUGUGCCUAGAAUGUGACAGCCAAUGUGAGAAGAUGGAUGGAAACAGCCUAACAUGUCUUGGCCCGGGCCCAGACCAAUGUGUAAAAUGCCUUCACUUCAAAGAUGGGCCCAACUGUGUGGAGAAAUGCCCCGACGGUUUGCAGGGUGCCAACAGCUUCAUCUUCAAAUACGCCAAGGCCAACAACGAGUGUCAUCCCUGCCACGCCAACUGCACCCAAGGGUGCAUCGGGCCAAGACUCCAAGAUUGCGUCGGGAUGAUGGACAGGACACCCCUAAUAGCAGCUGGUAUCAUUGGUGGGUUAUUCAUCAUCGUCAUCCUGGCGCUCAGCGUUGCUGUUUAUGUUCGACGCAAGAGCAUCAAGAAGAAGAGGGCUUUGAGGCGCUUCUUGGAGACAGAGCUGGUGGAGCCCCUGACUCCCAGUGGAACAGCUCCCAACCAGGCUCAGCUACGCAUCUUGAAAGAGACAGAGCUGAAGAGGGUCAAGAUUCUCGGUUCUGGAGCUUUUGGGACCGUCUAUAAGGGCAUCUGGGUCCCAGAAGGUGAGACAGUAAAGAUCCCCGUUGCCAUAAAAAUCCUCAAUGAGACCACCGGUCCCAAAGCCAACGUGGAGUUCAUGGAUUUGUAUGUCUUGAUGCUGUCGAAGAGAUGGCCAAGGUUGUCUCUUUUCGGGGGUUGA